AAUCCUACAAUUAACUUCCUUCUUUAAUAAACUAACAGCAUUAUACUCGCUGAAUACGAGAUAAUACCAUUGUUGAAAAGAAUUCAGAAAUGUUAUUAUCAAAAAUAAUUAAGUUUUUGUCAUCCAUCAUUCUUUGGGUAGAUAAAGAUGUUCCAACCAACACAACACAUAUAAUGAUGUGCAGUAAUGACAACAAAACAGCAAAUACAAUUUACUUGUAUCAUGCCAUUGAUAAAUCCGAAGAAAAUCUUAAAUUUCUUAAGAACAGGUGUUCCUGUUCUAUAUCCUCUGAUCAACCAUUUACUAUUCAUAUUAAACGGCAUAUCACACUCAGAAGUAAUAGGGGACAAGUACUAAACAAGUUGACUUUAAAGAAUGGAAAUCAGACACACAUUUUUGAUUUAGAUCAUGGUAUUAAUCCAUUUGGAACAGACUGUCUUUAUGGUAGUAAGGAUGACUGUCACAUGUUUAAUAGUACCAAUAAUAGUUUGAUAAUAGAUUUAGAAGAAUCAGCCAGUUUUAGAGAAUUUAUUUUUAAAAUAUAUGGAACUGAAGAAAUUCAAAUAGAAUGUAAUAUGACUGCAAAAAACAAAUCUGUAAGCCAAUCAAAAACUCAAAAUAAGAAGAAAAGUCAAACUGAAGACCAAUCACAAGAUGAACCAAACAGAGAAGCAUUACCAAUAUUAUAUAUUGGUAUUAUAUUAAUAUUAAUUGCCAUCAUAACCGGAGUAGUGUUUGCUUGUGCUUGGAUCACCAAUCCAAAUUUGAGACAUAGUAUAAAACGAAGAAAAUCUAAAAAGAAUAUGUUUCCAGAAGAAAAGGUUAUAAAUGAAGAAAUGUCUAAUGCAGGGUCACCCGAUGAGGAUGAGGAUGACAAGUAUGAAUUUUGUGAAAUUGAAGAAAAUCCCAAUCAUGGCCAAAAGUCUGACAUACAACCUCCCAAAAUUCCUAGUACACCUUUUCCAACUAAACAACUUCCAUUCUUCAAGCACGAUAAACCAACUCCCCACAGUGUCGUAGAAAUAAAAGAUGAAUAUUGCCACGUUAAUUCAAAUGCUACAAAUGCAACUAUGGAUUCAACUCAGACGAGAGAUAACAUACAAUCAGAUGUCACCACAGCUGAAGAAGAUCCAUCAUAUGAUCAUAUAGAAAGUCAUGUUCUCAAAAACCUUAUUAAUACAGAUGACGAAACCCCGACCUGGUCAGACAAUAAUCGAAGUUCCAUUAUGAAAAAUGUGAAUGAAGUUGAAGCUGGUUUACAAAUGGACAAAUUUCAGUCAUCUGAAACCCUAGACUCUGUAACAGCACAUCAUAAUGACUCUGGAUCUAUGCCACAUUACUACUCUGUUGAAGAAGAUAAAGAGAACACGAGAGACAAUUAUCAAUAUGACAAAAAUGCUAGAAGAGAAACCAAAUCAGCAUAUGAUCUAGCAGAUCACGUACCUAGAGCCGCAGCUCCCAUUGUCAACAGGAGCAGGAGUGAAGAGACCAGUCUUAGAAUGGAUAAAACUAUGGACUAUAAAGAUGUAGUGAAAGAAUUUAAGUCUUUGCUAAAACAUGAUUAUGAAGAAGUGAGUCUUGAUGAAACUGGAUGUAAUACUGAUACUAGAUAUGGAGAUAUGAUCAUAUUAGAAAAUGAACUUUAUCAGUCUCUAGAUAGCUAUGAUGCUAAUCCUACGGGGUUGAUAAACAAUACACCAAUAACACAUCUCUAAACUAAUUGUUUUUAAUUUUUAGCAUGCAUUUUAAGUAAAUUAUCAGAACAUUGUUUUAUACUAAUUGUCUAUAAAGUUUUUAAUAUAUAUCAUAUGCAACUAUAUAAUGUAGUUUAAAUUAAAGAAUUAGGAAUGAAGUAUCUAUAGGUGUGCCUACCGACAGAUUGGCAACAAAGAUGUAGAACAUGUUUUAUAUUAAUUGUACAUAAAGUUUUUAUUAUUAAUCCUAUGUAAUUAAUUAUAAGUUUAAAUUAAAGAUUUUGGAAUGAAUUACCUUA